CUUCCUCAGAUGAUGCAUCCACUCCUGCUCCUGUUGGCCUUCCACCUGCUUCCUGAAACUAUAGCAGAGGAGAUCAUUGGAGGUCAUGAAGCACAGCCUCAUUCACGUCCAUACAUGGCACUUGUAGAGUUACUUCAUGAUGACAAGUUGAAAAGGUGUAGUGGUUUCCUGGUGGAAGAAGAUAUUGUCCUGACAGCAGCUCACUGCUGGGGAAGCCCCAUGAAUGUCAUCUUGGGGGCCCAUGAUAUUAAGUUACAAGAAAAGACACAGCAGGGAAUUCCUGUGAAAAGAGCCAUCCCCCACCCUAACUUUAACAAUGGGUCUGGAAGAAAUGACAUCAUGAUGCUACAGCUAAACAUGAAGGCCCAACUGACUACAGCUGUGGGCCUGCUCCCCCUGCCUGGAGAAAGUGACCAUGUGAGGCCUGGGCAGGUGUGCAGUGUGGCUGGCUGGGGCAAUAUCUCUGAGAAUAAACAGACAACCAAGCUGCAUGAGGCGGAUCUUAUCAUUCAGGGACACUUUCAGUGUGCAUGCCGCUUCAGGUAUUAUUACAGGACAUCUCAGUUGUGCGUGGGAGAUCCACAGAAAAUGAUCUCUUCCCUUAAGGGAGACUCUGGAGGCCCUUUGGUAUGCAAAAAUGUAGCCCAGGGUAUUGUCUCCUCCGGAAGUGAAAAAGGAACUCCACCAUGUAUUUUCACCAAAAUAUCCAGUUUCUUACCCUGGAUAAAGAAAACAAUAAAACUUCUCCAAUUGGAAGAAUCACCCUGA